AUGGCCACUCCAACGGAACGAACGUUCGCCCAGAGAUCCAGAUUACUACCCGUCUUUCCUCUGGAGCUGUGGGAUAUCAUCAUUGAAUACCUACAAGAUGAAGAAUCCGCCCAACAUCUGAGCCGACUUGCUCAAACAUGCCCCGCGCUUUAUUCCAGAAUUGACCCUCAGCUCUACAAAUGCGUACGCCUGUUCAAUUCUGAAAGUGGUGCUCGUCUUGCUCUCACGAUAGAGAAGCGUCCAGAGUUAGCAACACUCAUUCGUCAGAUUCGACACAAGCAGGAUGCUGGGUCAGAAGUCUGGUCCUACCGUCAUCUCAAGUUCUACAAGAUGGCUGUGACUUUGCCGAAUCUAGAGAACUUGAGUUUGAGAAGAAAUCCCAGGCCCUUUGAUUCUACUCGGUGGGCCAGUACCCAUGCCAGAGAUGACGCCCUGUUACAAUGGGUGAAAAAGAUAGCCUCUGGAUCAGGAAGCGUGAAAGAGUAUCGAGAGUUGGGGUAUGGGCCUUCAGAAGAAUCUUCGUUCAGUCCUCCAGAUCACGAGAUUACUUACGAGCGAGCGACUGAAACCUUGUUCUGGCACGCUUCUCUUCAAACCCCACCGGGGCUGCCCGCUUUGCGUAUUUGUCACAUCGGAAGCGACUAUGAUCAUAAUGAGCACAAUCCUAAGAUGAACGGCAGAUGUUUACCGAUUUUCAAUGAAGCACUUUUCUGUCAUCCAGGUUUACGAAAGCUCUGUAUCACUGGCGCUACUUUCCAAUUGUCCCAAGCCGACCUUGCACCUCCAGCAUCAUCUACAUCGCCCCUAGAGGAACUGACUCUUCUGAACUGCGUUAUAAACCCGUUUGACCUCCAAACAGCACUGGAAUACCUAACAGCCUUGAAGCGAUUCACUUUCAGAGGACCUAGAUCACAUGAAUUGAUAGACCCUGACGGAGAACCGUAUUGUUACAUUCAAUCGGCCCUCAUACACGACAGUUCCCUGGAAUACAUAGAUUACGAUCUUUACUGGGGAGGUGAUGAGGAGACAGACUUCGGUGAACUAGUCCAUCUCAAGCAUCUCACAACAACCCUCGCCACACUUGCAGGGAGGGAAUGCAUAGAACUGGAUCCAUUAGAUGAUAUUCUACCGCCAAACCUCGAAAGUCUUACGAUAAGAUACGAUGAAGUGAAGGCCUGGCUCCCGUCAGUUAUUUACGAGAUGGUGAAAGACGGAAAACUUCCAAAGCUGCGUCGCUUUACCUGCGAGGAGGGCAACACCUGGAAAAGCAAGUUCGCGGAGCUAAACGUGGAGAUGUCAAUGGUCUCCGUUCCUUAUCCUCUUGAUAUGCCCAAAUACGACGUGUGUUCAUGCGAAUGUCUGCCCUUCUACCAUCGCAUGUUCUACCAUCCGAGCAAACCACUGGCACUUCCCUGGGAGGAGAACGAAUAUGGAGAGGAAGACGUAUUCUUUGACGACUGGGCCGAUAUUGACCAUGAAAUGGACCUUGACGCUAUUAUGGAUGACCUUGCGGAGGAGUCUGGAUCUGACAUCUCGGCUUGA